AUGCGAAUUAAAGCAAAAUUUCCUGAAAUAAAUGGACUUUUACCAAAUGAAGAAGAAACAGCAAAAUUAAAUCGUUGGAUAAACGAAUUACGUCGAAAAGGAAUAACAGUAGAAUCACAUAUUCGACUUUUUGUUUUUGAAUUUGUUGAAAAUGUUGGGAAUGAUUUUGAUGAAUUGGUUAAACAUUUUGCAAAUCACAAAGUUGACGAAUUAAAUAAUUUAUAUAAAAUUGCUUUGGAAAGGGCGUUAGUUUUGGGUAAAGAAGCUACAGAAGCAGAACGAGAUGCUUUGAAAGCGACAAAGGCAAAUCUUUUCAAAAUUAUUUCAAGUUCAAAUAUUCCUGAUUCUUUACCUAUUCUUUUGGCAAUUAUUGCUCGUUGUAAAAAUGCUGAUCCAGUGGCUUAUGCCGAAUUACAUUUGAAUGGUCUUGCAACUAUUGAUUAUUAUAUCCGUUUAUUUUCUCCCAAUGAUCGUUUUAAAGUGGAUCGUAUUCGUUGUGUUCUUGAACCUAAGCAUAUUUUUCGUUGGUUUUCAAGUAAAAAUAUACAUGAAUAUGAUCAUUUAUUGGAAAGAGUUGAAAGAAUUUAUUCUUUAAAUGAUCCAACUAAAAGAGAGAUUGAAGCGGCAGCUUGUUUAUUUAUCCGUGGAUUAGUUCAUUGUACAGAUGUGGCCGAUUCUACAAAAAAUUUUGGAGAUUGGUAUUAUGAAUUUUUUGAAGCUCUUUUAAGUCAUGGAGAUUGCCGUUUCUUUCCUAGACUUAUUGAUCCAGAUUAUUUGGAUGAUCUAAAUAAAUGGAAGGCGAACAAAUUAAUUGUUGAUGCUGGUCUUCCAAAUUCUGCUGAACUUUUUGCUGAUUUGGUUAAUAAUGAAGAAGAGCCAACUACUCCUAGAGACCAAAAAGAUUAUUUAAAAUAUAAAACUUGCACUAAUGUGUUGGAAUAUGAACCUGAAACUUAUGAUUUACGACCUUAUCAAAAUGAGUUGGUUUUGCAUGCUAACAAAGGUCGAAAUACAAUUAUUUGUGCACCAACUGGAAGUGGAAAAACUUUGGUAGCUGUUGAUAUUAUUAAAAAUCAUUUAACUAAUCGUCAUCGUGCUGGAAAAGUUGGGAGAUGUGUAAUGCUUGUACCAACAGUUCCUUUAGUUGAUCAACAAUCUCUACAUUUUGUUCAAUUUCUCACAGAAUAUAGAGACAAUUAUCGUCCAAAUAUUGCUUAUUGGGUAGAUGGUUUUAGUGGUUGUGAAAAUAUUUUGGAAGGCCGGGCUUAUCGUUUAUUGUCUGCAGACAUUUUGGUUAUGACACCACAAAUAUUAAUAAAUAUGUUAGAAAGUAUUUUGCGUUCUGAACGUGUUUAUUUUGCUGAUUUUACUUUAAUUAUAUUUGAUGAGUGUCACCAUGCGACAAAACUGCAUCCAUAUAAAAGUUGGUAUUUUAUGUAUUUUUUAAAAAUAUUUUUUUGUAUUUUUCGGAAAGUGAUUAUAUUUGCUGGAAGAUGUUUUAUGUCAUCAGUAGGGUUGCCGUUUUCGAUUAGGGUUGACGUUCUGUUCAUUUUUUAA